AUGGCUCCUACGUGUCUCGUGCACUGGGUGCAUGAGGGUCGAUGGGAUGUGUGGCCGCUGCCAGAAAUUCCUAGCGAGUUGAGGUGUGAAGGGGCCUUGGGUAUGAUUAGAUACACAAAUGGCAAGGAAUACUUAGGCCGAAUAGUUAAAAUCAGUGGUAACUCGAAGGUAAUUGAAGAGGCAGAGUUGAAGCUGCAUGCAGAGAUCAAGAAGAAGAAUGAGGAAGUUCCCUCAAAGAGAUCAACGAAGAGAGUCCAAAGGGUUGGGAAAGUGGCUACAAGCAAGGAAGUUAGCCGGGCGUUGGGGGAGCGUGUUCAGCUCAGCUCUCCCCAACGUGCAACAAAACGAAAGGUUUCAGAAGAACAAAAGUCGAAGACCCUUGCUCAGAAGAAAGCGGAUGAAAAAGAGCAGGAAGAUCUUCAGCGGCGUUCUGUUACCCGAAAUCUUUUCUCAUUGGGGAACUCGUCCAAAAGCUCUGACAAUCCUUCCACCUCCAGGUCUAUGUUUCCUGAAGUUCUCUCCGAUGAUGAUGCGGCUGAUUCAGAGGAUGAACCCCAUGAUAAUAACGAAAUGGGUGAUGUGAAUGAAAACAUUAAUGAUGUCAACGGCAUGGCAACUCUUAAUGGUGAAAUUCCUCUUGGUACUGGUAUUCGCCUGCGGCCAACUGACAACAAUGUAAUCGGUGAGAGUGAUCAAAGUAGUGAAGAUGAAGGUGAUGGUGAAGGUGAUAGGGAAAUUAAAGAUUUCAAGAAUCCUAACACUGAAUCAUUUCUGAAGUAUUUGCUCAAGUGCUUUGGUUCUACGUCUCUCACUUCUGAAACUGAAAGCAGUCCCUCCAGCAAGGUUUAUGCCAAGCCAAUUGAAGUUCCAGGUCAAAAGAUGGUUCGUCUCAAGAAGGGCCACUGCCUUCGCAUUAAUAAAGGUGGACGGAAUGUUUUGGUCCUGGACCAUAAGCUGCAGAAGUCUGCCACUAAUUUUGUUCGAAAGACAUUGGUUCAUAUUUACGGGAAUGAUCAACUAAUGCAAAUGACUGCAAUGGGUAGAAAGAAGGGCAGUAUAUCUAUACCUGCAGCUGAUAUGUCUGCAAUUUAUGAUUUUGUAACCGAGUACACUCCACCCCUUACUUGGAAUGAGUUUGUUAGGGAGGUAACCAAAAAAAUAUCAGCAGUAAAGGCCUCGCCAAAGGAGGAAUCUUCGCCCAAGGUAAAAAUUACACGUAAGAGCAAACAAAAGAAGAAAGCAGUCGGGCUUGAUCAGACGCCAACCAAGGAGAAUUCCCCUACUAAGGUGAACUCUCCUACAAAGGAGAAGACUCCAACGAAGGAGAAGACUCCAACGAAGGAGAAGACUCCAAUGAAGGAGAAGACUUCAUUGGUUGUUGCCUCUCCAGCAAAGUUUCAGCAGACCUGUUCAGCCAGCUGGAGACAUCACCUUCCAGUCUCAGUCUGCAUGGGAUGUACAGUGGUGCCCACCAGUACCUUCUCAACCUCAUCAGCCACCUCCGCAAUAUCCACAGCCUCAGCCUCAGUACCAGUUCCCCCAGCAGCUACCACCGCAAUACCCACAGUCUGCAUCUGCAUAUGCACAGGGGCCAUCAUUCCCGCUGUACCCACAGUAUUCCAACGUUCAACAACCACCUCAGCAGCAUGACUGGUCUACCUGGCAGAGCCCCCCCCCCUAUUCAUCAGCAG